UCUAUAUAAACCGUCUGGGUCGAGGGAGAUACACAAGGCAGCCGGCUGCAUUAGGGUUUUGGAGCUUCUGCUUUUCCGAUCUCAUCAAUUUCACAGUAACAUUAUUGAUUCAGAUCCACCUCCCGUUCAACCAAACCAUGAAAACGACCGACGACGACCUCUAUUGCAAGAAGUAUUUCAGGAAGGGGCUGACCGUUUCCACAUCCUCCUUCUUCCUCACCAAACUAUACGUAGUGCCACGCCGCAUAGCAACCUCGGCGCCGAUCUUUCUCUCGCCUUUCUUCCAGAUCUACGUCAUGGCGGCGGCACUCGCGCUCCAGGCGUUGGUGGAAGCCCUAGUCCGCCCCCGACCCGACAAACCGCUAGGCCGGCGGAUCAAGCUCCUGCUCGAUCUCGCGUGCCUGCAAGCAGCCCUCCUCGCGCGACACUACUACGAUUCCGCCAAUUUCUCCGAUCGCGACCUCACCAACAGGCUGCUCAUCAUCCGGAUCGACCUCUUCUCGCUGGUUGUCAGCGCCAGCGUGGUGGUCUACGGCGCGUUCUUCGCGUUCCUGUGCUCCCCGGACGUCAGGGUCCGGAAGGAUCUGCUUGUCGUCGUGCUGAUGCAGAGCCUUGUGUACUGGAUUCCGGACGGGUUUAUGGCCAUGGCUUUGGCGAUUCAGUGUUGUGUUUUGCUCAUAUGUGUUAGGUAUCACCGGUACCAGUACUCUGCUCUGCCGACUCCUCCACCUCAAAGUCCGGAGAAGAAGAAGAAGAAGAAGAUGAAUUGGUUUGUCGAGUUGAUGGCCAGGCUUGGUGGGUUGGGCUUGGUUGUUUGCCUUUUAGUACUUUUUAUUAAGCCUGCUUUUGAGUCACUUAGUAUAUGGGACUUGACCAUUUGACAACACUAUAUUUGCUGUUAGUAGUUGCUGGCUCUGAGGGGUUAUGGGUGAGUGACCAAUUUAUCUCUUGGUGGUUAGAAAUGUGAUCAUUCAAGAAUCGUUCAUUUCAUAUAUUUCUUUGCC